AUGGGCUUCGGCAGGUUCAUUCACCACAUCGGCACAUUUCUGCUCUUCGUGUCGUUUGUGCUUCUCAUCGUCGUGGACAUCACAGCCCCUGUGAUUAACCACCUCUCGAUAAUGAAGGUCGACCUCGGGAGAAACCGUGCUGGAGCUGAUCAGGUCACAUUUGGCACCUUUGGUUACUGCCUUCGAGGCAUAGAGAUUGGCUAUGACCCUGCCGGUUUGAUGAACCGCCUUGACGGCAGCGACUUUGGCGAUGCCUCUGCCAGCACCGCCAAGGGCCUCACGCGAGUUAUGGUUCUGCACCCUGUGGCAACGGGCCUGUGCUUCAUCGCCUGCCUUCUCUGCAUCUUCACGGGUACCGUUGGCGCCUUCUUGGCCUCCCUCGUGUCGCUGAUUACGUUUGUCGUCACCUUGGUAGCCAUGGUCUGUGACUUUGUGGCCUUCAGCAUCAUCAAGCACGAUGUCAAUCAAAACGGCGUCAGCACGGCCAGGUGGGGUCCCGGUAUCUGGCUCAUUCUCGUCUCCGCCAUCUUCACCCUCCUUGGUGCCGCCGUCGUUUUUGUCACCUGCUGCUGUGCUCGCAAGAAGAAGAACUCUGGGCGCCAAAAGGAGAACUGGAAUGAAACUACCCCUGCCAGCGGCGGCCGACGUCGCUUCUGGUAA